GGGGUCUUUGGACAUUCUCCCACAGACACACAAACACACUCACACACAUUUUUAAAGUCUCCAUUAGAAGUCGGCUGCACGCGUUGGAGCUGAGACUGGGAACUGGUGUGUGAGCCAGUGAUGGAAUGUGCCUCUGCAUACUUCUACUACAGAACUCAUACGACUGACACAAACUGAAGGAGGAGGACGGCAGGAGCUUUGGUCUAGGCAGCAGGAGAUCCUUGGACUAUGAGACAAACUUAGAACUGUUCACUCCUGGCACAAGAUUUUAUUUAUUUUUACAUCUGUUCUCCGGAGCAGCUCAAAAGAUAUCAGAAAAAACAUUGCCUGAAAAGGAAAAAAAUGCAGGCUGAAUCAGCACUGCACUGACUUAAACAGAUUGACUAAGGAUCAAAGAGCACCAACAAAAACCAAGACAACUCUGAAGCUGCAGCCAGCCCGAGCCAGUGGAAUGGACCAAGCUACCUGCUGGACAAACCCCUUUGAGCCUGCAGCACUGUCUGAAGAAGAGGGCUAAGGACCUGCAUGUCUCACCUCCCCAUGACAAUGGAUGGAGAUGUUCUUUAGGGCAACUUAAGGACUCAAAUCCAUUCCAUCUGUGUGCAAGCAGCCCCACAAAGCUGCUGGAGCCAGUAGAAAGUGCAGUGGCGGGGGGACAGGAGACGGACCAGGAGGCCUCAGAAGAGCGCCCAGAGGAGCUGCUGUCUGAGGCAGGACCAGAGGCAGAGGUGGCGGGCGUGCGGCGGCCCAUGGCUGUGCAGAGGCUGGUGGCAGCUGCGGUGGCAGUGGCCCUGCUCUCUUUAGUGCUGAACAAUGUGGCAGCCUUCACCCCCAGCUGGGUGCUGCAGGCUCUGGAAGACGGCCGCAAGAGGAGCGUGGGUCUGUGGAGGAUGUGCCCAAUGGGAGUGGAAAGAAGCAGAGAGGAGCUCCAGGCUGGACGCAAAGAGCACGGGGCCCAAAGACAGUGUGAGGGGCUGGGAUGGGGGGCAGACUUUGCAGGCUACCAAGAAUCACGCAGUACUGUCAAACUGCAGUUCGACAUGAUGCGAGCCUGUAACCUGAUGGCCACCAUGGCUCUGACGGCUGGUCAGCUGAUCUUCCUCCUGGGCCUCAUGGAGCUGCCCUUCGUCACACAGGAGUCACAGUGGUGGGAGGAGGCCAUCGCUGCACUCUUCCAGCUCGCAAGUUUGGUGCUGGUAAUUGGACUAGUCACCUUCUACAGGAUCGGCCCAUACACGCACCUGUCCUACUCGUGCUACCUGAACAUUGCUUCAUGUCUGCUGGCCACACUGGCUGCAGCCAUGCUCAUAUGGAACAUUUUACAUCGCCGUGAAGACUGCAUGGCACCUAGCGUCAUCAUCAUCAGUCGCUCGCUCACAUCUCCUUUCCAUCCGCGUCCAGACAAUGACUAUGUGGAAUCGCCAUGUUAGCAGCAAACGCACUGUACAAAUCGCUGCAGUCUACUAAGCUGAACUAUCAAAUCUGCAUAUCACAACUACUCAACAGGCAUAGAAAAGGAUUAUAACACAGCUCAGGCACAAAGUAGAGUACUAUGCAUGUAUAAACAAUAUAUUUAAGUCUUAGUUGAUUCAGUUUUAAAAUCUUAUGGUGGAUAACUACAGUAUGUCAUUUGGACUACACCAAUGAAUUAUCAACUUGCCUGGAGAAACUCAAGCUGGACCUUGAUGUAUCGUAAUUUGGAAUAUUUUGAGUAAAAUGGCCACUAGAAUAUUUUAAUAUAAAUAAGAAUGAAUAUACAUGAACAGUUAUUUGUUUAAUAUACUGGGUCAAAAUACCACAUUACCUCACAAUUUAUAGAUCUGAAGGGCCAGUGUGGCAAUUUACUGACAAAAAAGAAAACUAUUCAUACAUUUUAAAUAUAGGAAUUUCUUAAACAUAGAAGGUAUGUUAGAAAAUUAUACAAACAUGGUCAAUUCAAAUGUAUUGUACACAUAGUAAAUGCAAUUCAAGUAAUUUAAUGCUCUGAUAAAAAAGUGUAUAAAAUAUAUAUCCUAUGUUGGUGGUACAUAAUGUAAAAUUAAGUUAAUAUAAACAAUUAUAGAUAUAAAUGCUUUUGUGAGUAUUAUUAAAAAAGAGAAGAGAACCUUUGUUUGUCCCAUAAUGGAGAAUUCCUUUGUUGCAAUGCAAAGUUCAAGAACAGCAGGAGAAUAAACAU